AUGCAACGAGCAACUUGCACCAAACGCGGUUCAGCACAUUCAUCCAUAACACCACCACAAAAUGUGGAGAAUCACGAUUUCUUAUCUGAAACAAACGUGAAACAUGGGACAUCCAUGAGCUCAAGGUGUACCCUAUUCUUGAUUAUAGUUGUUUUGGUGGGAUUGAGCAUCAUCACAUUCCCAAUGAUUGUUUCAUUGUUGAUGAAAAAAGGUCAUCCGAUGAUUUCUCGAAAAGAACUCAACGAAAUCAUUCCGUUAGAAUACGAGCCAGAGUGGAAUAUGGAAAUUGCAAGGGAAGAAUUAAAGAAUUCAAUACUGAGAGGCAGAGAAGGAAAAACGUCGUCCAUAUGGGCCGCGAAAACAUUAAGGAACAAUUUCCGAGUUGUAAAAACAUUGAUGGGAGAAUCUUUUAAUCAUAACUUGACGAGCAAUAACAAUUCCGUAAAACAGGUUCAAACAUCCAUUUAUCAGAGCUGUUUGGAGGACAGUGUUUACAUGGAAGAAAAAACUUUGGCCACAAAGAAACUAACAGGAGUGGAUUUGAGCAAUGAAAUGAUUGCCAACAAAUAUUUUGUUGUGUGGAACACUUUUGGCCUUAAAUAUCCAAACGGGCCAAUUUAUAGUGCUGGUACUUCCUUAAUCAACAGAUCGAAUCAACCACUGAGAAUUAUUGGUCUGAAAUGGUCCCUAAAUUAUAAUGAUUUGACAAAGGAUGAGCAUGUCGAAGGCGAUGUUUGUCUUGUAAGGAAGUCCAAGGACGAAAGUGAGGUCUCUAGCGGGUCGGAAGUUUUCUGUGUUCAUGAAAUGGUCAGAGAGUCAUCCAAAGAAUUACAUUCAAAACGCAAAGACGAAAUUACUUGGUUAGAUUCAGGAAUUGAGGUUCUUCCGAGUUAUAUCGUUAGAUUAAACAGUGUGACUGAAUGCAAAGGACAUCCUCCGGCAGUACAUAAACCAGACUGGACAAGAAUUGACGGGCAGAUUAUUUUCCUGACCGAACAAGGAAUGAAUUAUUGCAUGCAAAAAUACAAAGUAGAGAAUCAGAAUAUUUCAGAACAAGAGGUCAAGAAAAAACUUGCCCCUUUGGUGAGCGUACGUUCACCUAUUCAUGAUCGCUCAUUCGUUGUGACGCCUUUUCCUGCAUAUGGCUCCUACAGCACAUUUGUCAACACUAACAAAGAAGAAGUGAGCGUUCGAGGAUGUUUUAUUUUCUUGAGCUUCCUUUCUCACGGCCCUUCAGCACUUACAGAGUUGCACGUUUACAAAAACAACAAACUUGUUUGGACCCAAGAACUUGCUCUUUAUGAAACGAAAAAUUCGGUUCCGACAAUAAGACAUAUGAUUCCUCUUCCUGCUGAAGUUUCAACGCUUCUUCCUCGAGAAUCCCUGUCAAUGAGAGUUAUGUGUUACACGCUUGACCUUGUUCCUCACGUAAUCGAUUUUGCAGUGUAUGCCUUAGCAACAGGUCACUUAAGCAUUCCAUACGAUAAUGUCAUCCUUUCAUGGGAUAUUUCAAAAGACGGAAUCGAUGAUUUCCUACAUUACAAUUCAGAAAACUUUGAACUAAGAACGGAAUUCACAAGGAAAGCCCAUGACACACAAUACGCUUUCAUGGGACCAAUUCCUAAAUUUGAAGAAGUUCGCAUUGUUGAGAAGAAGGACGAUUUUUCGAUAUUGCGGUUCACAAACCAUCAAGACGCAAUGUGCGUCCAAGUUACUGCUACACACAAGAAUGCAGUGUAUUUAGAAAUGAAAUUGUGUGAUGAAAGAAAUGUCCCUAAAGCUCCACUUUCAUUUCAUUCUUAUGGGAUAAUUAGAAAGGAUGACAAUGACCCAACAAGUGCUCGGUUAGUACGUUUCAGAAUAGACCCAAAACAGAGACGAGUCUAUGUUGCUUGGAGCAACAAUGUGAUGCUGUUGGAAGAGUUUGAAAUUGGAGAGACUUAUGACAUGGAUGAGCGUAGAUUCUUUGUGAGUUCUGUUUUUGUAGAUAUUCGGAAAACUAGUGUGUUUGUAAUUGUGGAUCGAUUUGGAAUAAUGCCCCCGCACUAUUUCUUUUUUGAUAGUAAUGCAAAGAAGUGGCGAGAUACCCAUGCAAUUUUCGGCAUAAGACAAGUUUUCAUGGAGUAA